AGCGGUGCGGAUCAAAGCUCCCGAAAGGUGGUGGUUUGUGGUUCGUGGCAUGAUUUCCCCGGCCCGAGGAUAGCAUUUCGGUGGGCCGGCGACAGCGGAAACGGUUCGGGUGGCCGAUGGCGGAAAUAAUUAAAUAAUUCCCUUAUGAAACGAACCCGGACACGUGGCAGUGCCGCAUGAAGGUGCGGACCUACUACCGGAGGGAUAACAGUGAAAGCGGUGAACGUGAGAAUAAGUGCGCGGUGGAAGGCGAAGAACAGUGCAACGUGAAAGCAAAAAUAUUUUCAUUUUCGAGUGAGUGUCUCCUGUGGGGUUUAUUGGAAAGCGAGCUUCGUAGAGAGUGGGCGGGAAAGGUGGCUAGUUAUUACUACUGGACGUCCGUGGAUAUGACCCACAGCAGAGGCAACUAUCCCCACUAGGAUUAGCAGCUGCGGGGCUUUUUUCCCUCUGAUGAAAAAGUGAAACGUUGGCCGUUCAAUUUGGUCCUAGUGAAAAGAGUGAUGACAUUUCGAACAAUGCGAAUCGAAUAAAACCUAGAAAUGACAACCGGAAUACUCCAAAAGCGUUAAUCCGUGAUAGCCGGAUGGCCGAGCAAACUGUGGACAGAAUCUGUUCGGAAGCGUGACAACGGAAAACACCUCCGGCAAUGUUUGGAAUUUGAUUUUGCAUCCGGUGCUUGCCAGUGGAACAGAGCAGCAGCAGCAGCAGCAGCAGUGAUAGAUUAGUGGCAGUUGUUUUGCUCCACCGGGCGCAUUGACGCGAAGCAGUGAUUGGAUUAAUACUGCGGCAUUGAAGAUUCAGUAGGGAUUCCGUGUGCGAUGUAGGAAAUUCGGUCGGGUAUGCUAACGCCAGUUCAGCCAAGCAGUAUAUUCGUGGUAGCGUGGAAUGUUUCCUGCUGAUAAUUUACUACUCGUACCAAUAAAGGAUUAAAGUUGAAUCUGGCAUCAAAGACGGAAAUACGUGAAGGUAGUGUGAGCUCGACGAAGCAUUAACUAUUUAUUCCGCAGCAGACGUGAAGAUUCCCUUCAGCGAUGGAGUACAGCAGGAAUGUGGUCAACAUGCGUGUGGUGCUUUUUUGUGCCAUUUACUUCAACUUUGGAAUAUCCAGCUCAGUAGACGAUCGGUACCAUUCAUCGUCCUCCGCAUCCUCUGCUGAGGAGCAACAGCCGAUGCACCCAGCAUCGGCAUCGUUGAUACUCACCGACGCGCAGACAAUCCGGUCACCGGAUACCGCCGAAAACGAGAUUUACGACUCGGAUGAGAGCAAUUUGCUGCGGACACCACUGGAUCGGGGCCCGUACUUUGAUUUAUCGGCAUCGAAAAACAUCACGGCCCUGGUCGGCAAAACCGCCUAUCUCAACUGUCGGGUUAAGAACCUGGGCAACAAAACGGUUUCCUGGGUGCGGCAUCGCGAUAUCCAUCUUCUUACAGUAGGUAGAUUUACAUACACGUCGGAUCAGAGGUUCCAGAGCGUGCACAAUCCACAGACGGACGACUGGUCGUUACAGAUCAGAUAUCCCCAGAAAAGGGACACCGGGGUGUACGAAUGUCAAAUAUCGACAACACCCCCCGUCGGUCAUUCGAUGCACCUCUCCGUUGUCGAGCCCGUUACCAUCGUAGUGGGUGGUCCAGACAUUUACAUCAACACCGGAUCGACGGUGAAUCUGACGUGCGUGGUGCGGAACUCUCCGGAGCCACCGUCCACCAUCAUAUGGACCCACAACAAUCAGGAAAUUAAUUACGACUCACCUCGUGGCGGUGUGUCGGUAAUAACGGAGAAGGGCGAAACGACCACCUCGUACUUGCUGAUCCAGCGUGCCAAGGGAACCGACACGGGGAAGUACGUCUGCUCGCCGUCAAACGCCAACUCGUACUUCAUCAACGUACACAUACUGAAUGGCGAACACCCGGAGGCCAUGCAGCACGGCGGACAACUGCGGAUAGGUGAUCCACUGCACGUGUUUGUCUUCGUAAUCAUCACCCUUCUGGCGGGCGGGCGAUGAAGCUGACCUGGCAGCCACUCCGCUUUUCCAGCAGCUCGGGUGUGAUGGACUUCUGCUGUGCCCGUCCACCGAAGACGGACUGACAAUGGACCCGGCGAUCCAUGGCGACUUUCUCUGCAGAUGGGAACGGAACGGAGUGAAACCUCUGUGACAAUGGCACAAAUGGCAUCCCACUUCGCUCCGCCGGUGUUUCCGGUGAGCCACUCCUCCCGCUGGUGAGGUGAUUUCCGAUAUCGAGCGAAAAUAGCAUUGGGACUAUCCCGGUCAGUUGAGCGAAUUAAAAUGCUUUGUUGGACUGGGUCAAGCACGCGUUGUCAGUUACUACCAGAGCGUGGGUGUGGAAAUGUGAGAUGUGAUUAUCGAGUGGAACAAUGUGAGCAUUAGUUGUACAAAGUACGCGGGAGAUAAUUUAAUUAUCACAAUUGCCGGGAUGUGGAAAUCAAUGAUAGCGAUAAAAACAAUCUGUACAUAAAGGAGUAACAGACAAUGGUGCUUUGCUGUUUUUCAAGAACCACUUCAAAAUGAAACUUUCACAGUCCACAUAACACAAUUUUAAAAUGAAAAUGAAAAAAAUAAUUUGAGAAACGAUGCAAACCAACUACACAUUUUCAACACAGUGUUGACAUUCUUAUUUUGACGAUGAUGCAGAAUAUGCCUUUGUAUUGAUAAACCUUCGGCAAAUAAAUUAGAUUCCAGAUUCCAGUUUUCCAGUAUCGCUUAAUAUUCUAAAUGAUAAUAAGUGUUAUUAUCAUUUAGUAUAUUAAAUGAUUUUAGCGUUUCAUGCUGUAAAUAUCAGACAUAGAGCAAUGUACCC